AUGCAAAACGUGUCCGUCCCAAAACACAUAAAGCUUGCUGAUCCGAACUUCAACGUACCGGCUAGCAUUGACAUUCUAAUUGAAGCCGAGUCCUUCUGGAGGCUCAUUUGUGCAGGUCAGAUCAAACACUCAAAAGAUCAGCCAACGUUGCAAAAGAUACAUUUUGGAUGGGUCAUCUCCGGUAUCACACCAAAUGACAUAACCAGAUCUGUUUCAUCUCAUAAUUUUCACUUAACCUCGCUCGACGAAUUAAGGCUUACAUUGAAUCGGUUUUGGGAGAUUGAGCAUAACGGCACCGCGAAACCCGGGAAAAAAAGGCCUCUUCCAAUAAAGCAAGACAAACUAGGUGACCUGGGAGAAUCAAAAGACAUCGCUCUAAGACGUUCCAAAUCUUUGGAAAAGCGGCUCAUCGCUCAACCUCGCAUGUAUGACGAAUACAAGAAAUUCAUGGGCGAAUACACCCAAUUGAAUCACAUGAAGGAGGUGAACAGUCACGUGAUGCCAAGCCCAAGCUCUCCAGUUAUUUAUCUCCCGCACCAUACUGUACAAACCGGAUCGAGGUCAACUGCAAAGUUCCGAGUGGUGUUUGACGGCUCAUGCAAAACCACAACUGGACUAUCUUUAAAUGACGCGUUAAUGGUAGGACCUACGUUACAAGAAGAUCUUUUUUCCAUUUUGGUCAGGUUCCGAACAUUUGAAAUCGCUGUUACCGCCGAUAUAACAAAAAUGUAUCGACAAGUUCUGAUCGAUUCAACUCAAACAUCCCUACAGCGUAUUUUUUGGCGAGAAUCCCAAGACGAGCCCAUCAAGACCUUUGAACUACUCACAGUGACUUAUGGCACUUCGUCAGCGUCGUUCCUGGCCAUCAGAACUUUGAGAAAGUUAGCAGAAGAUAGUGCAGAUCGCUAUCCGAGAGCGGCUCAAUUAGCUGUCCGAGACUUCUAUGUAGAUGAUCUCGUCACUGGGGCGGACUCAGUAGAAGAAGCCUUGUCCAUCAAGAAAGAGAUCACUGCAUUACUCCUCCAGGAUCGCAACUCUUCCAUCGAGCAAAAGGAGUUCAUUCUAUCCACUGACAAGGGCUCCGAGAAAAGAACGUUAGGCAUUGCGUGGGACUGCCGAGCCGACGUAUUCAAAUAUUCAUCCAUCAAUCAUCUUCCUCCUUUGGAGGUGCCUACCAAACGAAAAUUGAAUACCAAAUGGAAGCAUUUUGAAAGAGAGUUGCAGGAGAUAAAUAGCUUAUAUAUUCCUCGCUUUGUCAUAACUACACAACAACAUAUCUGUUUGGAACUACAUAGGUUCUCAGACGCUAGCGAAAGCGCUUACGGAGCAUGCAUCUACCUGCGCUCCAUCUCAAGCAGCGGCGAUUAUUGUACAUCGCUGCUGUGCUCCAAAUCCAGGGUGGCACCAUUGAAAGGUGUGUCGCUCCCUCGUCUCAAGUUGUGUGAUACAUUACUACUAGCUCAACUCAUCAGCAAGAUCUCGAAAUGUCUUACGUGUAAAAUAUCCGCCAUUUACCUAUGGACGGAUUCCACAAUUGUGCUAUUGUGGCUGCAAUCGUGCAGUCAAUCAUUGUCAACCUUCGUGGCCCACUGCGUCGGUGAGAUACAGGAAUUAACAUCGAUUCAACAGUGGAAUCACAUACGAUGUGAGGACAAUCCUGCGAACUCAUUGUCCCGGGGUAUCUCUCUCAUGCCGGGUUCUCUGGCUCAACUGGAUAUCUGGUGGUCGGGGCCUUCCUGGCUGGGGCAUAGACUCAAAGGUUCAAAAUCUUCAUCCGGCAAACCUCAAGAAGCAUUAUCUUCGCUGAGCAAUGUCAUUCAACCAAUAUCUUCCAAUGAGCAAUUGCAGGCUAUCCAUCGUCUGGUCCAGAUAAUACAGGCGAAGCAUUUUUCUAAAGAGAUAAAAUCACUCAGUAAUCUUGAAGCUAUCCACACAACCAGUCCGAUCCUAAAAUUGAAUCCCUUCCUUGACGAUUCCGGAAUUUUACGGUACAUGAGCAUGAGAAGCGGACCGCAAGCCACGCUGGCCGCGGUGCGUGAGCGCUACUGGCUUAUCUCAGCGCGCAACAUCAUUCGACAUAUUCUCGCAAAAUGCGUCGUUUGCUUUAAAAGUUCCCCAAAACUCGCAUCCGCCAUAAUGGGAAAUUUACCUGAACCGCGGGUUAAAGUGUCUCCAAGAGUAUUUGAUCAAUGUGGAGUAGACUAUGCCGGCCCUCUCUACUAUAAAGAAGGUGGUAGGAAAAUCACUAAGCUAGUGAAAUGUUACAUCGCAAUUUUUGUUUGUUUAGCCACCAAGACGGUACACAUUGAAUUGGCAACCAAUUUGUCAUCGGAAGCAUUUUUGAACGUCUUCAAGUGCUUCGUAGCGAGAAGGGGUUGUCCUUCAGACGUUUUUUCUGACAACAGGCUGAAUUUCGUGGGCGCCGAGCGCGAAUUAAAUGAGCUAAGGGACUUACUUCGUAAUGAAUUAGCUCAACAACAAAUCCAAGACCGGACAGUAACUCUAGGAGUUCGCUGGCAUUUUAUACCGUCUAGAUCUCCACACCAUGGCGGUCUAUGGGAAGCCGCAGGCAUUUCUUGGUGGGUACCUCUCACAUCUUAUCCCGAACCAUCUUUAGGCGAGUUACCAAUCGCCUGUCGCGAUGGCAAUAUAUUGAACAACUGCGUCAACACUUCUGGAAGCGACAUAUGA